AUGAUCUUUCUGUUUGGGCCUCUGGGUGAUGCUGCUGUGGAGCCCAAAUCUCACACAGCGCUCCUCACCAAGAAGCAGACGGGUGAGGAAGAGGAGAGGCUGACCACGGAGCUGCAGCUGAUGAGCAGCCAAAGAAAUGAGCUGCAAGGUCGCCUGAGCCUCAUCAGCGAGGGAACUGUGGACAACAGGCCAUACCACGAGUCAAAUAAUUCCUAUGAAGAACUGAAAUUUGAUCAUACAGAGAUAAUGUCAGAACUGAACACCUUGGAGAUUGAUUUCACCGAAGCAUCAAAGAAGUUCAGUGAGCUGAGAAAGGAGACAAUUUUCUAUCGAAAGCCUUUUGGGGUGCUGGUUCCUGGACGCAAGGGUGGCAGGAGGAGGCUAGCAGGGACUUACUAUGCAGAGUGUGUCUCCAGUGGUCUGCACAGUCGGCUCCUGAUGGAAAAGACUCAGCUGAAGAAGAAGGUUGUCAUACUGAAGCAGGAGAAAAAGAAACUGCUGGAUGAUUGGGCCCUGCUGAAGCACCACUUGGAGGACAUGAAUGUGAUUUGUAAUGACCAAGAGGAAAAGACCAGUGACCUCAAAACCCAGCAACAAGAGGAGUUCAAGAGAUUGGAGGAAAGCCUUCAGUUCCUGCAGAAGCAGAAGGAAAUGGUCACGCAGGAAAAGGACUUGGCAGAAAAGCUGCAGCAUGAUUUUGAGGUCUCCCAGGUGAGGUUCAAAAAUCUUCAGGCUGAGCUUGAACAGGCCACAGCCCAGGAUGAGAGCCAACUGCGGAAGGAGCUGGUACAGCAAGAGCCACCUGUUGCCCCCAUUCCCAGCAGCUACUGA